AUGUUGCGGCAAAACCGGGCUACCAUUAACCUUCGUAUUACAUCUUAUGCUCUCCUGUUCACAGUAUUAGCAAUCGUUACAGAUGCAUAUAUUUUCGGAAAUGGAAAUUAUAUUCGAUUUCGUCGACCGGAAGACAUCUGGGAACCACCGUUCCGUACUAUUUUAUGUGACAACUAUCCGAUCCGCAUACAAGUAUAUGCGGAUCCGACGAAAGUUUGUCAAAGUUUUAUGAAUCAAAUGAAACAGAUCAGUACGAUCAACAAUGAAGAAUAA